ACGGAAAAGUCUUUAGCAUGUCCCACAUCUACUAUCACAGCCGCAACGCUUUCCGGAACUGUACCAGCCGGAGCUUCAAAUCUUACGAAUGUCCUCAUGGGAACUAACUGUACAAUUAAAUUUGACAUUCCGAAGGGAUUUGCCAUAAAAAUGGAGAUAUCUACAGAUUAUGAUGUUUCACAUGGAGAUUUUGUCAUGAUGGAUUAUUUCUAUAUUUCUCCGCUGGUUGUGAAUGAAGUUCAGUUCGCAAUGAACACCUCACUUUCUUUCGCAGCAUACUCCAAAACUGGAAACUUGACAUUCAUGGCAAAAUACAGCUACUUGGAUUUGACCCAUUACCAACAAGUUGUUAAACCAACUGGUGCUUAUUUCAACACAACGUUGGAAACUGGAAAAUAUUACACAGUGAAGGCCAGUACAGCAGAAGAUCAGGUCAACUUGCACUAUGGAUCUCGCGAAAAUGGAUUUGUUGAUCACACAGUUUUCGAAGUUUUCCUUUUCGAUGGAAAUGACAUUGUGAACUCGAAAUACAUCGGAAGAGUCUCAUCAGUGUUCUUUCGUCGUUAUGAAUUUGUUUCAACUUCCAACACUCUCACACUCCUCAAUUUGUACAACACUCCAUCAGAUUCUUUGUUCUUGGGAAACGAUGCAUCAGUUAUCGAACCGAUGGAUGUUUAUUCGAUUUUUGUGCUGGAUUCAGACCAAGAUCUCGAUAGCUGGAUGGGUCAAGUUGAAGAGCCAUUUAAGAAAUUCGAUGCGUGGUAUACAGUAAUUUGUAACGGAUGCUCCAGUUUUGCAAUCAACUAUAUGAUGUUCGAAGCUAACUGGGGAUACGGGAAUCCAAAUGGAUAUGUUGCAAUUCAAGGAAUGACUCCAACAGAUAAACUUAAACCAGUGCUAACGUAUCCAUACUCCACAAACAACAAUGCAAGCUUCCCACAACUUAUCACAGCCCCAAUUGCAACUUUCCAUCUUUUCAACGCUUCCGUUCAUUUCAAUUUGUCACCUGGAUCCCAGCAGCAAGAUUUCGAAACAUCUCCAGGGGAAUCCAGAUCCAUUUAUUCUCCUCAACUCUGGAACCCAGAUGCUACUCCGUCGUUCGAUUACACGUUCUCGGAUCCACUGGCAGUUUACAACUUUUCCAUAAGGUUGAAUACUUUGGCAUUGGAAAAUGAUGGAGAUGAAUUAGAUGUUGAAGUUGGAUCAGUUAAUGGACUCACUACUUUGGAAAAAAAAUAUACCAAAACUAAACUGACCAAUGAAGUCAUUUCCGGAUUGGGAAAAUACUUGAAACUGAAGUACACAGGCUCUAAAACCUCGGAAGUUGAUCUAAGCUUCUUGAUGAUCGAUCCAUCGAAUCCUGAUGGAACUACUCAAAGCCCUGGAAGUACUAACUCGGACACCACCGUCUCCACAUCCGUUGGCACUUCAGUAUCUACUAGCGCUACUAGAGUGAGUACAAGCACAAUCGCGCCCGUCACUUCAACUGAAGUAACUUCCACGUCACGUCCUUCUACCUCUGUUGGAACAACACAGUCUGUCGCUACUGUAGCAAGCACAUCUACUAGAGACAGUACGUCUGCUAGAGUCAGCACAUCAACUAGAACCCACACAUCUACAGUAGACAUCACAUAUGUAGCUUCCUCCACACUUGCACCUUCUACUUCCACUGCAAUUGUAACAUUCACAAAAGUGAGUAGCUCUACAAAUCUACAAACAUCUACUACCGAAACAAGCACAAGCGCGCUUAUUACCACUUCAACAUUCCUCCCCAGUUCAACUACAGGGAUGACUUUUAACACUAGCACGGUUACAACACCUACAACUUCCACCGAAGCUCCAACGACGUCAAAGUUGAUCACUUCAACUUCAACUGAUGUUCCAACGACUUCAACUUCCGAACCCCCAACAACAACUUUGAUAACAACAAAAUUGACCACAUACACGGCAUCACCAUCUACGUUAAAUCCU